AUGUCUCACCUCCGUCCCGGAACCCGUGUGCAUCAUGCCACCCCAGUGGGUCCAGACCCAAGUGCAUCAUGCCACACCAGUGGGUCCAGACCCAAGUGCAUCAUGCCACCCCAGUGGGUCCAGACCCAAGUGCAUCAUGCCACCCCAGUGGGUCCAGACCCAAGUGCAUCAUGCCACCCCAGUGGGUCCGGACCCAAGUGCAUCAUGCCACACCUGUGGGUCCAGACCCAAGUGCAUCAUGCCACACCAGUGGGUCCAGACCCAAGUGCAUCAUGCCACCCCAGUGGGUCCAGACCCAAGUGCAUCAUGCCACCCCAGUGGGUCCAGACCCAAGUGCAUCAUGCCACCCCAGUGGGUCCAGACCCAAGUGCAUCAUGCCACCCCAGUGGGUCCAGACCCAAGUGCAUCAUGCCACCCCAGUGGGUCCAGACCCAAGUGCAUCAUGCCACACCAGUGGGUCCAGACCCAAGUGCAUCAUGCCACCCCAGUGGGUCCAGACCCAAGUGCAUCAUGCCACCCCAGUGGGUCCAGACCCAAGUGCAUCAUGCCACACCAGUGGGUCCAGACCCAAGUGCAUCAUGCCACACCUGUGGGUCCAGACCCAAGUGCAUCAUGCCACCCCAGUGGGUCCAGACCCAAUUGCAUCAUGCCACACCAGUGGGUCCAGACCCAAGUGCAUCAUGCCACACCAGUGGGUCCAGACCCAAGUACAUCAUGCCACACCAGUGGGUCCAGACCCAAGUGCAUCAUGCCACACCAGUGGGUCCAGACCCAAGUGCAUCAUGCCACACCAGUGGGUCCAGACCCAAGUGCAUCAUGCCACACCAGUGGGUCCAGACCCAAGUGCAUCAUGCCACACCUGUGGGUCCGGACCCAAGUGCAUCAUGCCACACCUGUGGGUCCGGACCCAAGUGCAUCAUGCCACACCUGUGGGUCCGGACCCAAGUGCAUCAUGCCACACCAGUGGGUCCAGACCCAAGUGCAUCAUGCCACACCAGUGGGUCCAGACCCACGUUAACUAGCUACACUAGACAGUCUCCAGACCCACGUUAA